CCCCAACAAGAACGAGAGGAAACAUGCUCACCAAAAUGCAUACUCUUGCAUCCUUCAUACUCCUACUCUCCUCGCUUCUCAGCCUUAACAUUACCACUGAAGCACAGGUCACUUACCGUUAUCAUUAUUGCACAAACUCCACUGCUUUCACCAGAAACAGUACCUACCAGGAUAAUCUAAAUGUCCUUCUCUCCUCUCUUUCCUCCAAUUCAACCCUCAGCAGUGGGUUCUAUAACAGCUCUACUGGGCAGAACCCUGACAAUGUCUAUGGCCUCUUUCUCUGCCGUGGUGACCUUAGCACCGAUGUUUGCAAAGAUUGUGUCACCUUGGCCACCCAAGAUAUUGUCCAACUCUGCCCCACCCAAAAAGAGGCCAUAGUAUGGUACGAUGAAUGCUUACUACGUUAUUCAAACCAGUUCAUCUUUUCCAGUAUGGCCCAAGAACCUGUUGUUUACUUGCUCAACUCACAGAAUAUAACAGAUCAAGGACGUUUUGACGAGCUAUUGAUGACCACUAUGGACGAUACAGCUUCACAGGCCGCAAACGCUUCGUCAGGUGCUAAAAAGUUCGCAAUCAAAGAAGUGAAUUUUACAGAGCGUCAAAACCUCUACACCCUUGCGCAGUGCACGCCCGACCUUUCUGUUUCUGAUUGUCGUCAAUGUCUUCAGACAGCUAUGUCUCGGUUGCCAGGUUGUUGUAGUGGAAAGCAAGGAGGAAGAGUCUUAGUUCCAAGCUGUAAUAUUCGGUAUGAGACAUAUAAGUUCUAUAAUGCAACCGGUGUGCUACCUUCUCCUCCAGGUGCAACAAGACCACAAGCAGGAAACAGCGGUGUCUCAAAAGCUACAAUUAUAGCAAUUGUUGCUCCAAUUGCUGCGUCUAUUGUACUCAUCUGCAUGGGCUACUAUUUACUAUGUAGACGGGCAAGAAAGAAUUAUGGCUCCAUACGGGAAGAUGCUGACAGUGAAAUUACAACAGUCGAGUCCUUGCAAUUUGAUUUGGGUACAAUAGAAGCUGCCACAAAUAAUUUCUCCAAUGAUAAUAAAUUGGGUGAAGGUGGAUUUGGUGAGGUUUAUAAGGGUAGAUUCUUUAAUGGACAAGAAAUAGCCGUGAAGAGGCUGUCAAGAAGUUCUAUGCAAGGUGCAGAAGAAUUUAAGAAUGAAGUCAUGUUGGUAGCCAAGCUUCAACACCGAAAUCUAGUGAGGCUGCUAGGAUUUUGCCUUGAAGGGGAAGAAAAGAUUCUGGUUUAUGAAUUUGUGCCCAACAAAAGCCUUGACUACUUUCUAUUCGACCCUGAAAAGCGAAGGCAAUUGGAUUGGCCAAGGCGUUACAAGAUAAUAGAAGGAAUUGCUAGAGGAAUUCUUUAUCUCCAUCAGGAUUCUCGCUUCAGAAUUAUACAUCGUGAUCUUAAAGCUAGCAAUAUUUUAUUAAAUGAAGAUAUGAAUCCGAAGGUUUCAGAUUUUGGUAUGGCUAGGAUUUUUGGAGUUGAUCAAACUCAAGGAAAUACAAAUAGAAUUGUUGGAACAUAG